AAUUAUAAUACGCAAUAAGAAGAAUCUGUUAUUUAAAGACACUAACCGAGGCACCGCACCGACACUGUUAGUCACCGACAGAGAUAAGUCAUAGAGUCAGUCUGCUGCUUUCUUCUCUUUCCUUAUUGGGCCUAUAUUAAAACCCAGUUGUUCCUUAUUGGGUCUAUAUUAAAGCCUAUUAAUAACUUGGGCUUACAUAAUUUUUGCGUAGACAUUCAAUUACUGCUAGACGCCUAGACUGAAUCACACAAUCUCUCACUUUCAACGGCCGAUUUAAUUAAACACUCCGACUAAUGAUUCGCCGGCUGAUCUACGACUGUUCCGCCGUCACACGCCACCUCAGUCCACCGUUAUUGACGUUUUCACGUUUAUUAUUCUCUUCUUCAUCUGAACACGAAGCUCGAGAGCCGAGACCCUCGGCUCUGGUAUCGAAUCCGAACGCUAAAUCUCCAAUCGGGUCUCCGACUCGGGUUCAAAAGCUCAUAGCUUCGCAAUCGGAUCCUCUCCUCGCCAAGGAGAUCUUCGAUUACGCUUCAAAGCAGCCUAAUUUCCGCCAUUCUCAAUCUUCUCAUCUCAUCCUCAUCCUCAAACUCGGACGUUCUCGAUACUUCACUCUCAUCGACGAUGUUCUCGCCAAGCACAGAUCGAGUGGAUACCCAGUAACCGGAGAACUCUUCACGUAUCUGAUCAAAGUCUACGCAGAAGCGAAGUUACCAGAGAAAGUUUUAAGGACGUUUUACAAAAUGUUAGAGUUCAAUUUCACGCCACAGCCAAAACAUCUGAAUCGGAUUCUGGAGGUUCUCGUAAACCAUAGGGGUUAUCUUCGGAAAGCUUUUGAGCUUUUCAAGAGUUCACGUCUUCACGGUGUGACGCCUAACACGAGAAGUUACAACAUUUUGAUGCAAGCUUUCUGUUUGAAUGAUGAUUUGAGUAUUGCGUACAAACUGUUUGGUAAAAUGCUUGAGAGAGAUGUUGUACCUGACGUGGAGUCUUAUAAGAUUCUGAUAAAAGGGUUUUGUAGGAAAGGACAAGUGAAUGGUGCUAUGGAAUUAUUAGAAGAUAUGCUGAAUAAAGGUUUCGUGCCUGAUAGGUUGAGUUACACAACUUUGUUAAACAGUCUGUGUAGGAAGACGCAGCUCAGAGAGGGUUAUAAGCUUCUAUGUAGGAUGAAGUUAAAAGGUUGUAAUCCUGAUAUUGUUCAUUACAACACGAUGAUUCUCGGGUUUUGUAGAGAAGGUCGUGCUAUGGAUGCUAGGAAAGUUCUUGAUGAUAUGUUAGGUAACGGUUGCUCGCCUAAUCUGGUCUCGUACAGGACAUUGAUUGGAGGACUUUGUGAUCAAGGACUGUUUGAUGAAGGGAAGAAGUACCUACAAGAAAUGAUAUCCAAAGGGUUUUCUCCUCAUUUUUCGAUUUCGAAUAGUUUGGUAAAAGGGUUUUGCAGCUUCGGUAAAGUCGAAGAAGCAUGUGAUAUUGUCGAGGUUGUGAUGCAGAGCGGAGAAACAUUGCAUUUAGACACUUGGGAGAUAAUAAUUCCAUUGAUCUGUAAAGAAGACGAGUCAGAGAAGAUCAAACAGUUUCUUGAAGAUGCUAUUAAAGAAGAGAUAAGUGGUGAUACAAGAAUCAUUGAUGCGGGUAGCGGUUUAGGAUCAUACCUUUCUAGUAAGCUACAAAUGAAACGCAAAUCAGAAAAUCAUAAAAUGCCGGAGAUCGAACAAGACGAUGCGGUGGCGGAGUCGGUGGAUUCGUCCACCGUUAAAUUCGGUACACCGGAAACGUUGGAGUAUGUACGAUCGCUCACUGACGUUGGAGCCAUGACGCGACUUCUUCACGAAUGUAUCGCUUACCAACGAAGCCUAGACUCGGAUCUCGACACGCUUCUGUCGCAGCGCACGGAGCUGGAUCGGAAUCUGGUUCAGCUACAGAGAUCCGCGGAGAUUCUCGAUAUCGUGAAAGCGGAUGCAGAUCACAUGCUUGGAAAUGUUCGAUCGACUUGUGAUCUCGCGGAUCAGGUUAGUGGCAAGGUACGAGAGCUGGAUCUCGCUCAGUCUCGUGUGAAUGUUACUCUCUCUCGCAUUGACGCGAUUGUUGAACGAGGGAAUUGCAUUGAAGGCGUGAAGACAGCUUUGGAAUCGGAGGAUUACGAAUCUGCCGCGAAAUUCGUACAGAGAUUUCUCCAGAUCGAUUCGCAGUACAAGGAUUCUGGUUCUGAUCAGAGAGAGCAACUUCUCGCUUCAAAGAAUCAACUUGAAGGUAUUGUGAAGAAGAAGCUCUUAGCGGCAACAGACCAGAGAGAUCAUCCUACAAUUUUGAGAUUCGUGAGACUUUAUUCUCCAUUGGGGAUGGAGGACGAAGGGUUACAGAUUUACGUUCGUUACUUGAGAAAUGUCAUUACGAUGAGAGGGAGGAUGGAGUACGAAAAUGUGGUUGAGCUCAUGGAGAAAGGAGUCGGACAGGUUAAUUUCGUUGGGUGCUUAACCAAUUUGUUUAAGGACAUUGUCAUGGCUAUUGAAGAAAACGAUGAGAUCCUGAGGGGUCUUUGUGGAGAAGAGGGUGUUGUUUAUGCGAUUUGUGAAUUGCAAGAGGAAUGUGAUUCUAGAGGUUCGUUGAUCUUGAAGAAGUACAUGGACUUUAGAAAGUUAUCUAGAUUGGCGUCUGAUAUUAACAAUUCCCCCAAUCUGAAUCUUCUCGCUGGUGGUGCAUCUGAAGGACCAGACCCGAGAGAAGUUGAGCUGUAUGUGGAAGAGAUACUGUCGCUGAUGCAGUUAGGUGAGGAUUAUACCGAGUUCAUGGUGUCAAAAAUCAAGUCUUUGACGUCGGUAGAUCCUGAAUUGUUGCCAAGGGCUACAAAGGCAUUUAGAAAUGGAAGUUUUAGCAAAGUGGUUCAGGAAGUGACAGGAUACUAUGUGAUGCUAGAAGGGUUCUUUAUGGUUGAGAAUGUGAGGAAAGCUAUAAGGAUCGAUGAGCAUGUACCAGACAGCCUUACCACUUCAAUGGUGGACGAUGUGUUCUACGUUUUGCAGAGUUGUCUGAGGAGAGCUAUUUCAACGUCAAACAUCAGUUCUGUGUUUCCUGUGUUGACCAAUGCCGGUAGCUUGUUGGGCAAUGAUUACCAUGAAGCUUUACAACAGAAGAUUAGAGAGCCUAACCUUGGUGCUAGGUUAUUCUUGGGCGGUAUCGGUGUGGAGAAUACCGGAACAGAGAUUGCAACUGCUUUGAACAAUAUGGACGUGAGCUGCGAGUACAUUCUUAAAUUAAAACAUGAAAUCGAGGAGCAAUGUACUGAGGUGUUUCCUGCACCAGCAGACCGAGAGAGGAUUAAAUCAUAUCUAUCUGAGUUAAGCGAGUUAAGCAACUCGUUCAAGCAAUUACUCAACUCAGGCAUGGAACAGCUCGUAGCAACCGUAACACCAAGAAUCCGUCCGGUUCUAGACACAGUAGCUACCAUAAGCUACGAGUUAACAGAAACCGAGUACGCAGAGAACGAGGUGAAUGACCCGUGGGUCCAAAGACUUCUCCACUCGGUCGAAACAAACGCCGCUUGGCUCCAACCACUAAUGACAUCCAACAACUACGACUCUUUUCUGCAUCUCAUAAUCGAUUUCAUAGUGAAGAGACUGGAAGUCAUAAUGAUGCAGAAACGCUUUAGCCAACUUGGAGGGCUUCAGCUUGACCGAGACACAAGGGCAUUGGUUAGCCAUUUCUCCGGUAUGACUCAGAGAACAGUGAGAGAUAAGUUUGCUCGGCUAACUCAAAUGGCGACGAUAUUGAACUUGGAAAAGGUAUCAGAGAUUUUGGACUUUUGGGGAGAGAACUCAGGACCCAUGACUUGGAGACUCACGCCAGCUGAGGUUAGACGGGUUUUGGGUCUCCGUGUUGAGUUUAAACCCGAAUCAAUUGCUGCUCUCAAGUUGUAAUGUUACUUCUUUUUUUAUUUAAUCUACAAUUACUUAAAAACCAUAA